AUGAGAGGUUACUUACCAAACUCAGUCCUUGCAGCUUGCCCAAGGAACACGGCCGCGCUCGCCCCCGGGGGACCCCGGAACAGCUCCGACCACCGCCACCCACUCGGAUCUGCUCGCCCAGGCAUUGGGGCCGAGGGGUCGGGGGGUCCCACGGCUGGGGUGUCCGGCCCAGCCCGCCACGCCUGGGGCGGUCCUGGCAGCCUCUCUCGCCGCGGGCUGAAGAAGAAGCUGGGGACAGCUGAGGUAGCCCGGGAAACUCGAAGGGCCGAGAGGGCGGCGGCGGCAAGCCCGGCUCCUCCUCCGCGGCCCGGCCUCCUCGGCAGACACGCCGCCCCCUCAGCCCGGCAGCCCGCCACUCGGCGCCGCCGAGCCGCCCUUGUCCGGAGCCGCCGCGGCGCGCCAGCAGGAAGUCCCGCCCCCGUUCUACGUCAUCGACGCCGCGCGCCGCCCCGGGCCGGAGCCGUUGGUGGAGGGAUCCUGGCUGCAGCAACGGUUGCGCCAGCUGCGGCUAUGGCUGCUGCGGUGGCCGAAAUGAGGACGCCGCUUUGGGACGUCCCCUGUGGGCUGCAUCGAAAGCCCGCGAGCCCGAGGAUCGGCAGGUCGCGCCCCGGACACUCGUGUCGUGAGCAGGCCUCACCUCAAAGCCCGAUGCCCGGUGGGUUGAGGGGACGCUCUUGCCCUCCUCCCGCCCUUGUCACACCUCUUUUUUCUGAGGACCGGGACGGUCUCGGCGCCACCUCUGUCCCUGCAGGCCGCCUGUCGUCGUGCCUGCUGGGCGGAUUUUCGGGCUCUGGCACUCAUCCCGCAAGUGCGGAGUCGCCCUCAGCUAGUCACCGGGGAAGUCAGGUCAGGACCUCCUGCCCCAGUGUCAUCCUGUAGGCUCGCCUCCUCAUAGGGAGUGACAGUGAGCUCCUGGUCUUCAGGCUGUUAACUGAAGUUGACACUUGGUGCCACCUUUGACAAUAUUUGUUACCUAAAGUCUGAAAUGAACUAGGCUUCCAGAGCCGUGGGAGAAACAGGCGUCCUGUGUCAAUAGCGUAGUUCCGUUUGUAUCUCUGACCUCCUAGUACAAGGGCAACAAAGCUAUGGCUUUUUGAAAUGGGGGGAUGGGGUGCAUCAGAAGCAUAGUUUUGUGUAAUUAGAUCCGUGGGAGACACAUUCACCACCAAAAUAGAGAAACCGGAAAUCCUGAAUGUGACAUUGACAGUAAUAAUUUGCCGAACCAGUGCUGCAGCAUCUUUAUAGAUUACCUUAACCCGGGGUUGUGUGGAUUCAAUUAUGUUUUAUGGUUUUCCCAGAUCCUGAAAUAAACAGUAGCAACCAGUGAAACCAUCCGUUAGAAAUCUCAGAUGAUACUACCUAGUAUUGGUUAUUUCACAGCACCUCCAUUUUCAAAGAGCGUCUUCCUGGACUGAACGUGGAAAACACUGUGACUCAAAACAUUAUACUCACAAAGAGUUCAAAGGGAUGUUGGAUACAGAAUAAGAAAUUUUGGGAGAUGAAAACUCAGUUCCAGCCUGGAAAACAAGCUGAGGGAGCUGCCUGCCCCAAUGUUCACAUUUCUGAUCGACUUACAAGAUUCUCCUUCUUUUGACCUCAGGAGUCACUUGGAAACUUGUGGGGGAAAUUUCAGCACAUCUUUUAAGUUUUGUUUAUGGUAAGCAGGGGAGAUACAUCAGAACUUAGAGAAGUGUCUCAGCCUCCAGACUUGGUAGCCUUGCCAUCAACCCACCCUUGGGUUUUCCUAUCCAGACUUUGGGGUCACAUUUCAUUGUCAGUGUGAUUCAAGUUCACGGUUUACCAUCACAGCUAGCUAUCGUUUUAGUGGCUAGUCUUAAACUCUUUGCUGAGGUAGGUGUGUGUGUGUGUGUGUGUGUGGU